AUGGAGCUCUGCUCUUCGGGAAUUCGGUGCGGUAAUGUGAGGGCUCCAGAGUUGGAGGCUAAUCUGGUAUCUGUGAAUGGAUUGUCGUUCACGAGGAGGAAGAAAUUGGGGGAUUAUAGGGUGUUCCGGCCGAGGUUUCUCGUCUACAGUCAUGAUUGGAGGGAAUCCCGUCUGGUUAAAUGCCGGUGCUGCGCGAGAACGCCGUAUAUGGCGGCCGCAGAGGAGAAACGGAGAAAUCGGAUGAGUUCUGACGACGUCGCCGACGUCCUCAAGUCCGUUUCUGAUCCGAUCGAGGCGUUUUCCCUCUUCAGGUCCCUCUCUCAACAGCCUGAGGUCGUCCACACCACCGAUUCCUGUAAUUACAUGCUCGAGCUCUUGAGAGCUCAUGGGAGGUUGGAAGAGAUGGCGAUUGUGUUUGACCUAAUGCAGAAACAGAUCAUAAAAAGGAACCGCGACACCUUCUUGACGAUAUUCAAGAGCCUGGACUUCCACCGAGGCAUCAGAAUCGCUCCUCUUGCUCUCUCAAGAAUGAAGGGAGCGGGGUUUGUCUUGAACGCCUUCUCCUACAACGGCCUGAUACAUUUCCUCCUCCAGUCCGGCUUCUUUGUGGAGGCCAUGCAGGUCUACAAGAGGAUGAUAUCAGAAGGUAUCAAGCCCAGUAUGAAGACCUACUCUGCGCUCAUGGUUGCAGCAGGGAAGAGAAGACAGAUUGAGACCGUGAUGGAGCUUCUUUCUGAGAUGGAGGACUUGGGAUUGAGGCCAAAUGUGUACACCUUCACCAUAUGCAUCAAGAUUCUUGGGCAAGUGGGCAGCAUCGACGACGCAUUCAGGCUCUUGAGGAGAAUGGAGGAGGAGUGCUGCAGACCAGAUGUCGUGACCUACACAGUGCUCAUAGAAGCCCUCUGCAACGCUGGUAGACUUGAUGAGGCCGAGAACCUCUUCCGGAAGAUGAAGUCCAGUGAUCAGAAACCAGACAGGGUGACCUAUCUCACCCUGCUCAACAAGUUUGGCGAUGCCGGUGACCUCAAAUCCCUGAGAGAAUUCUGGGAGGAAAUGGAGAUCGAUGGGUACCACGCUGAUGUGGUCGUCUAUACCAUAAUGAUAGACGCCCUCUGCAAGGAGGGGCAGGUUGAAGAAGCACUCGCCAUGGUCGAUCUGAUGAGAAAGGAGGACGUGGAGCCAAACAUUUAUACCUUCAAUACCCUCAUCGGAGGACUUCUCAGAGCUGGUCGAUUGGCUGAAGCCCUCAGUUUCUUACAUCUGAUGGAUGCUCAAGGCCCAAGACCCACUGCCUACACCUUCGUCCUCUUCAUUGACUACUAUGGGAAGUCUGGGGAGUCCGAGAAGGCCCUGGACAUGUUCCAGGAGAUGAAGAGGAAGGGUCUGGCUCCGAACACUGUGGCCUGCAAUGCCUGCCUCCAUGGCCUCAUUGCUUCUGCGAGGUUCAGUGAGGCAAAGGACAUCUUCCAAGAAAUCGGCGGCAGCGGCCUCUCCCCAGAUGCCAUCACCUACAGCAUGAUGUUCAAAUGCUACAGCAAGGCCGGCAGAGAGAGUGAAGCUGCCGAAUUGUACUUCGAAAUGGUGGAAAGCGGCUGCGUCAUGGAUGAGAUUGCUGUUAAUUCCCUGAUCGACACGUUCUACAAGACGGGCAGAGAGGGCGAGGCGUGGGGAUUGUUCCAGAGAAUGAAGCAGAUGAAGCUUUCUCCAACUGUAGUCACCUACAACACUCUGUUGGCGGGGCUAGUUAGAGAAGGGAGGAUCAAAAGAGCCGCCCAUUUCUUCGAGGAAAUGGGUCGCCAUGGCUGCCCGCCGAACACCGUGACCUUCAACGUCAUGCUGGACGGCCUCUGCAAGAACGGCAAGCUCGAUCUGGGGUUGAAGAUGCUCUACGACAUGACAGAGCGAGAUUGCCUGCCCGACGUCCAAUCCUACAACACCAUCUUCCAUGGUCUGAUCAGAGAUGACAGAAUCUACGAAGCUCUGUGGCUCUUCAAUCAGAUGAAGAAGGUGAUGUAUCCCGACUUCGUAUCUCUCUGCAGUCUCCUGCCUGGUUUAAUCAAGCAUGAACUGGUGGAAGAGGCCUCUCAGAUCUCCGAGAACUAUCUGCUCCAGCCCGGUGCUCAGAUCGACAGAUCCUCAUGGGAGACUCUCAUGGAAGGGAUCCUGUCCAAAGCCGGAGUUCCUCCCUCCAUCCUCUUUGCCGAGAAAACCGCCUCUAAUGGCGGCACCUUCAGAAACGACUACCUUCUGUGUGCCGUCAUCAGAGACCUCUGCAAGAAGAAGAAGCCCCUCCAUGCCCGUGAAGUCUUCGAGAAGUUCAAGGGUCUCGGCAUCUCCCCAUCUCUGCAAUCCUACAACCCUCUCAUCGCCGGCCUCCUGGAGGCCAAUCUCUUCCAAGAAGCUUGGGCCCUGUUCGAGGAGAUGAAGAAGGCCGGUUGCUCCCCCAACGUCGUCACCUACAACGAGAUCUUGAACGCGAUGGGGAAAUCCAGGAAGAUCGAAGAACUACUGGAGCUGUACAAGGAGAUGAGCUCCAGAGGAUGCAAGCCCAACGCCAUCACCUACAACACCGUCAUCAGCGGCCUGGUCAGGUCCGGAAGACUGGACCAGGCGCUCGAUUUCUACUACGAUCUCCUGAGCAGGGACUUCUCCCCCACUCCCUGCACCUACGGGCCUCUCAUCGACGGCUUCCUCAAGUCCAAGCAGACGGCCAUGGCGGAGCAGCUCUUCAAGGAGAUGGCGGAGUACGGUUGCAGGCCCAACUGCGCCAUCUACAACAUCCUCAUCUCAGGGUACGGCAAGGUCGGCGACAUGGACAAGGCCCUCGAGCUCUUCCACGGCAUGGCUGCAGAAGGGAUCCCCCCCGACGUGAAGACCUUCACCAUCCUCAUCGACGCUCUGUUCAUGGCGGGUAGGCCAGAAGACGCCCUCUGCCACUUCGAGGAGCUGAAGAAGAAGAAAGGGGAGAAGAAGGGGCCGGGGCCUGAUCUCGUCGCCUACAAUUACGUCAUCAAUGGCCUCGGGAGGUCGAGGAGGCUCGAGGAGGCACUCGCCAUGUUCGUGGAGUUGCAGAACGAGGGCAUCUCCCCGGACCUCUACACCUACAACACCCUGAUUCUUCAUCUCUGCAAGGUGGGCAUGGUGGAGGAGGCCGGGAAGAUGUACGAAGAGCUUCAGCUCAAGGGCAUGGCGCCCAAUGUCUUCACCUACAAUGCUCUGAUCAGAGGGUACAGCUCCUCAGGAAGUGCAGACAACGCCUACGCCGUCUAUGAGAAGAUGGUGAUGGGAGGUUGCAGACCCAACACGGGGACCUUCGCCCAGCUCCCCAAUCAGUCAAUCCGAACACCACCACUUGGGUUCUGA